UCUUGUGUCAAGCUGCUCAGCCCCCAACAUCCCGAAGGUUCCGCUGCAUCCCGUCCCUGGGACUGGACGGUAAUAAUAGCAUCUUGCAGUCGGCGGCUACGCUGCGCAACAGUCGGACUUCCCCCCGCGGUUUCCAAAAUUUUCUCCCAUUUGUUAUCGACUUAAGUUCCAGGUUGUUAUCGACAAGGCUUGAAAUCUCACCGAUCAGCCAUCAAGAGCUUGGUGAUUGAGGCCGGCCAUACUCGGGACAGCGCUCACGCCGCACGAUGGACCACCCUAUGCACGGGGGCUUUCAGAUGCCCAUCCCUCCGCCUCCACUGAUACACCAGCCGCCACAAAUAUUCGGUGGUUACAACGACCAUGGACUUCCGAUGCCUCAACUGCCGCCUGAUCUGCUUGCUGCGCAGAUGUUCGGGGAUCAUGGGUUGUUGGAGGACACAAACGAAGCCAAGAGACGGAGGAUCGCGAGGGCCUGCGACAUGUGUAGGAAGAAGAAGAUCAAGUGCGAUGGCAAGUUACCGGCCUGCACGCAUUGCACCAAUUACAAGACCGAGUGCAUCUUCACGCAGGUGGAAAAGAAGCGGAGUCCUCCCAAGGGGGCUAAGUAUAUUGAGGGGCUUGAGAACCGCUUGGGGCGUAUGGAGCACCUGCUGAGGUUAUCAGGCUUGCUUGGCGAGGAUGACAACGGCGCCACCGACCUGGGAACACUGGAGAAGAAGCUUGUAGAGAAGCAUCAGCAGUCACGACAAGCUUCACAGGCAGCGUCCGAUCCGACUUCUCCGCCCCACCCGGCGUCGGGCCAAGAGAGGAGCAACUCGACGCCGCGCAGCUCGCUGGCAUCUCCCGAGCCCGCCAAGGAUGGCGACAAGGUGAGAUCUGUCACGCCCGAGAAAGAGAACCAGGACGAUGAGCAAGAAGAGGUUGCGGAACUGUCGGAAAUGAUGUGUUCGCUCGUCACCAACAACUAUGGUGAGACGCGGUAUAUCGGCUCCUCCUCUGGCUUCUCCAUUUUCUCGCCCAAGGGGAUACAAUGGGUCAACGAGAAGAUGGGGGACACGUCCUUCCAGCAGAUGAUUUCGGAUGUCUCAAUCGACGACCACAAGUGGACGGCGUGGAAGCCCGAUGUCUUUGGGGACGUCUUCCGCCGCACCAUCUUCAGAGACUUGCCACCCAAGCCAGAGGCGCUAUCCCUCCUCAAGGACUACUUCGAGAACUUCAACUGCAUAUUCCCGCUGUUCCACCAACCGACCUUUAUGCACCUGGUGGAGAGGCAGUACUCGGGCGACCCUUACACCGGGUCCGGGUGGUGGGCCAGUCUCAAUGUCGUCCUCGCCAUUGCUCAUCGGCUACGCGUGAUGAGCAACCUGGUCCCGCAGGAGGAGGAUGACAGGGCCUGGGAUUAUAUGAAGAAUGCCAUGGCAGUCAUCUCGGAACUGAUGAUGCGCAACACGGACCUGCUCAGCGUCCAGGCCCUGCUUGGCAUGUCUCUGUUCAUGCAGGGAACUCCUAACCCGCAGCCGUCUUUCCUGCUCAUUGCCACGGCAAUCCGGCUCUCGCACACCAUCGGCCUCCACAAGCGUGGCACGGGAUUCAACCUGAACCCCAUCGAGAUCGAGCAGCGCAAGCGGGUGUUUUGGAUCGCUUACAUGUUGGACAAGGAUCUUUGCCUUCGGUCUGGGCGGCCACCGGCGCAAGACGACAACGACAUGAAUGUGGAGCUUCCCGAUGUCGACCCUGCCGACGGCAUAGGGAACAUUCCUUUGGCGGAUGGGAAAGGCAAGAUGAAUCUCUUCAGGGUCAUGUGCGAGCUGGCCAUCGUCGAGAGCAAGGUGUAUACGAGGCUUUACUCGACAAAGGCGACCAAGCAGUCGGACGGUGAGCUGCUGAACACCAUCGGGGAGCUCGACAAAGAGCUGGAAGACUGGAAGGACCGCAUUCCCAUCGACUUCCGGCCGGAGCACGAGAUCAAAGCGUCCCAUACCCCGCUGAUCCUUCACAUUGUCAUGCUGCAUUUCAACUACUACAACUGUCUUACCACCAUCCACCGCAUGUCGAUCCACCACGGCUAUUGGACCAGUCGGCUAUCCAACUAUGCAAUUCAGGGGCUCAAUGCCAGGCCGUUGAAUCCUCGCAUCUUCUCGUCGGCGGCACUGUGUACAUCUGCUGCCAGGGCAUCAAUAUCUCUACUGAAGUACAUCCCGCAGGGAGAUUUCUCCUGUGUCUGGAUGGUGUUGUAUUUCCCGGUGUCUGCGCUUGUCACGCUUUUCGGCAAUAUCCUGCAGAAUCCCCUCGAUCCACGGGCACGGUCAGAUACCAAACUGAUGAAUGUGGUCGUCACCUUCCUGUCGGCACUUGGCGACGAGGCGGAAACGGGCGGUGUCCACCGCAUGCUGGGUGUAUGCUCCGAGUUUGAGCGGAUCGCAAAGGUCGUGGUCGAAAACGCAGAGAAGGACCACGCGUCCCGGCGGAAACGGAAGAACCAGGACCAGUCGUCGAACAGCAAACCAACGACGAAUUCCAACAACGACAACAAUAACAACAACAAUCACAACGCCAACACAACAACAGGCCAGUCUCCGUCAUUCAACCCGAACCCGAUUCCGCCUUCUUCACGACCCACCACCGCGAACUCCGCAACUCCUCAGCCGAUUCCGAGUCACACUGCGAACAGCAACAACACACACCUUACCCCGCCAGCCCACGAUCACCGUUCCCCACCAAACGCCAACAAUGGAUACAGCCCAAUGGCGGGCAGCAGGAGCCAGGUCUCGUCGCCUGGGCUUGACGCCUCCACGGGCUGGGCCGGCAACAAUGACUUCACGCCCGACAGCAACUCGGACUACUACGGGGACAUGGCUGCGUUCAUGAACAGCGGACUGACUAGCCCGCCGCUUCCUGGGACAGGACUGGGGGCAGCAGGCGGCUAUUUCCAGCAGCCGAUGUUGCCGCAAGAUCUAUUCAGUCUGCCCAUGACGCUGGACUGGGACUGGGCCGAGAUGAGUGGCGGGGCCUAUCCGAGUGUUGAGAAUGGAAACUAUGGAAGCUUGGUGGACAACUCGGGUGGGAACGGACGUCAGGGACCACCUCCUUCCUGAGAGAGGUGACCUCUGCUCAUUGAGACAAGCAGGGUGAUGCUAUUGAAGGUAACGAGGCAGGCGUGGUCAGUCAGCCCAUUUCAACUGUUUGAGCUCUGCAGAGACGGUCUGGAUGCUGCGAAAGUUUUAUUUACCUUCACUUCAUAGCGGGCGCAGGCAUG